ACUUUGAUCUACAACUUCGUUAAAAGCUAAAACUGUAAGAUGCAGAAUAAUUUUGCAAUACUUCAGUUCUAUUUGAAUGUAUGGACAUGUUUAUUAUAGUAUUGCGCAAAUAAAGUUGUGACAUUAGUUUGUAUUAUGUCGUAUUAAUCAUUGAAUUGUUCAUAUAUGUCAUUGUCUCUCAUCGCUAUCAACAAUCAUUUCUCCGUCGCAAUUUUAAAUAAAAAACUAAAUUGUACAUACAAGUAAAAAAUAAAUGAAAUUAUUACAAAUUAUUUUCGCAUAUAAAGUGGUAAUAGACGAGAAAUUAAUAUAGAAGAAUAAUCUCUCGAGAAUCGAGAGAGCAACUAUACAUCAUAUAAUAACGCAUGUGCACUACAUGAAAUAACGAGCAGCAAUAGACGACGAUUAAAUAGUGGGUCCGGAGAGUGGAUGCGAGAAAAGUAUCACGACAGUGUGGACACGACCUUCGUUUACGCAUUGAGCAGAUAACCGAUUUUUCACAGCUUCAGAUAAACUCAUCCUGCAAACUUGUGUUUUUUCCGCGUUAAUUUCCGCUGUGACGAUCAUCUCUGUUAUUAGUCUAAAAUUCCCACCAGAUUGCACAACGCGAUCUGCAAUAAAUAUCACAAUUUUCCGAUCACAUUCGUGUAUUUGUGGCUGAAUAGCUUUCCAGAAAAGUGUUCUGUCUUGUGUGGAAAGAUGUCGUCUCGAUUGCUAACUCUAUUGUUUCUGGUGUGCUGCUGUCACUUGAUUUUUGCUGUCAAGAGAAUAAGAGUAGAUGGCAAGUCUUACACGGUAAUGGCGUACCCAGAGGAUUGCAGCAAGUACAUGAUGUGCAAUGACGGCAAAUGCAUACUGCAUACAUGCGAUCCUACCUAUGUUUUUGACCCGGCUACUUCUACUUGCACCCAUCGACAUCGCGCAACCAUCAACUGCGAACUUUCGCGAAAACUAUAGAUCGCGACACCAAGAUCGCGAACGUAUCAUAAAAGCAUCCCUCUUUACCUCUCGUAUAUGAUGAUAUUCCCGCAGAAGCUCAAUAAAACGCCGUAUAUAAAAUGGCAUAUAUCUCGUUCAUUUGUGUGUCGGUCCCUUUAUAAGACCAGCUUGUAAUAAUCAUCAACGAGCGUCAGAAGUUUGCUCUCGCACCGUCGAUUGGCAAAUAGCUCUGUUUGCAGUCGUUCGUUUAUUGCGUCGACUCAUAUGCACAUGUCGGCAUUUUUUUUUAUUUUACGCGUGCGUGAACAGAUUAAACUCCCGAGUAUUCUUUCGUUCCCUGUCUCACCAUUCCUUAUUAGCUAUAUCUUUUUCAUUCUUCUCUGUUACACUCGCCGAACUAAACUGAACCUCGACCUCUUUAACUGAUAACCCGUCUGGUUUCCAUGAAUCCGAGUAUUUGUUUUCUAUCUGCUAUCUGCUACUGAGUAAAAUGGCGUCGAUUGGUAAUAGGACUACGAUUUUACGAGGAGCCGAAGAUCAGUAUAGCACAAUGCUCGGUGUAUCGUGGAAGCAUCGAAAAUGAUGUGUUUGAAACGUUAUUUCGUGGCGUUCUGCCUCAUCUGUUUAUCAGUUUUUUCGACCGCGAUCUAUGAUCCAAGAGCGACAACCACAAAACCACCAGAGCGUCGUGAAUCAGUUCUUCCUUGGCAUUCGACUGAUAAUCAAUCGCGCAUUCAAAUAGAAUCUCAUUCUCUAAAAUGGCAACAACAAUCACGGGACAACAUUACAUCUGACACGAAGAAUUGGAGUCCAUGGCGAAAAGCUCAGAGCAGCGAAAUUGAACAACGAACACAUAUUGAUGGUGAAUAUUACGGUUCUAAGCAAAAUCCUGAGCAAAUUUCUGCAAAAAUUCCUGAGCAGCAACGUACCUUGGAAUUUGAUAAAUCGGAGCAACGAGAAAAUCUAAAACCUCCUAUUGAAUACAGAGAUUUGACAUUUUUCGAUAAAAAUCGUGGACAUGUUAAAAAUGAAUCAAAAUACGGAAAUCGACCUCAAAAUGAAAUUGAUUUCGAGCAUAAAUAUUCACCGAGAAAUGAUGAGACAAAGGAAAUAAAUGUGGGAUUUCAAAAUGAAGAUUUGUACGAAGGUGUAGCUAUUGAUAGCACGAAACCACGAAAGGAAAAUAUAGUUCUUUCAAGUAAAUCACAUCACAAAGUGGCUAGAUAUGAUCCUCGAUUUGGCGUUCAGUGUCCUGAUCACGAUUCCACAGGGCAAUUUGUUCAUCCGUUAGAUUGCAAGUUCUUUGUCAAUUGCUGGCAAGGUCGUGCACAUAUCCAACCAUGUGCUCCGAAUACCCAUUUUAAUCCGGAUACCUUAGAGUGUGACUUUCCACAUAAAGUGAAAUGCUAUGAGCAUAAAUAUAAAUCCGCCGAUUUCAAACAGUCGUUAGACCCUGAACUGGAGAUUAAUCGAAAAUCGCAAAAAUUGACGAAUGAUCCAAAAUGUCCACCGUAUUUGAUUGGUUUGUUACCACACCAUGCAAAUUGCACAAAGUUUGUGCAAUGUGCACAUGGUGCGACUUACAUUAUGGAUUGCGGCCCUGGAACAGUCUUCAAUCCUGUUAACGGUGUGUGUGAUUGGCCACGAAAUGUAAAAGGUUGCGAAGAUACUUUUAAAUCUGACGACGAUGACAAAAUAGCACUUGCUUCUUCAAUUUUGCGCUCUGGACGCGAUAAGUUAGCUUAUACAGAAGUAAAAAAAAAAAUUACAUGCCCUACGGAUUUUACUGGAUUAUUAGCUCAUCCAGAGACGUGCAAAAAAUUUCUUCAAUGUGCAAACGGCGCUACUUAUAUAAUGGACUGUGGUCCUGGAACAGCUUUUCAUCCUAUUACGCUUGUUUGUGAUUGGCCGCACAAAGUGCCCGGUUGUACAGAUAAAUCUGUUGAUGAAACUUAUAGAACAGGAGCUCGUACUUGGUCAUCAUCUGAAACCGGAGGUCGCUAUAAUUAUACAACUCGUGAUCGUAUUGUUCAACCGAGAUAUAGCACAACAAUGAGACCGACAUAUAGACCAUGGAAAUUAUUUACGACAACUCCGAAUCCACGUUGGUAUCCAACGUGGACGACCGCGAGAUCAUAUGAUCGUUCUGAGCAUACUUCUGAUCAUCAUGAUCAUUACGGUCACGAACGUGAAGAAGACCGCUACAAAGAUCAUGGCUCGCAUCAUCCAGAAUGGAAACCAAGUAGAAGUUUCGGACGUCCUUCCGAUACCAAUUACGAAUCUCAACAUCAUUCGGAUCGGCAACAAGUGGAAUAUCAGGGAAAUGAUCAAGAAUCACAAGGAACUCAACAUCCCGAUCAUCCAGAAGGAUCAUGGCCGCAUGGCUAUUACCCUCCUGGUUUCCAUCAUCAUCAUCAUCACCAUCAUCAUUAUCACAAUUAUGGACCUACAUCGAAUUCUUCGGAAAGUACAAAUUGGGCUAAUCCGACUGCUACGAGUGAUCAACAAUAUAAUCAAGGACAUUAUGCUCCAAAUACUGAUAGUAACUGGCGACCUAAUUAUAAUUCUCACCAUUAUGAUCAUCAUUAUUUUGAACAUGGUGCACCAAACAAAACAGAUCAGAGGCAGUUUCAACCUCCUGGGAGAUAUGACGAAGAUAAUAUACAGCUUUACGAUAGAGAUAAUAAAACAAAGUUUGACACCGACGGAAGUAUGCCAGAAAAUCGAAAAACUGGUUAUAACUUUCCUUUGAAUAGACAAAAUUAUGGUAGAACGACUCCUGGGCUUUAUUAUCCUAGUUUUAAUCGUACUUCUCCAUCUGUUGGAAAUAUUUUUCUAAAUAGUAAUAAAUCAACUGAGAGUUGGGAUCAAAUCCAGGAUGGACUGCGGCAAGACAAACUACCUCCUCCUUCGAAAGGACAAGAAAAUAUCGCGUGGAAUCAGCCAAAUAGAUCUAAUUUCAAACCAAGUACGUGGCAUGGUCAAGAAAAUCGAGGAAAAGUGCAAACGGAAAAUCAGACAUAUCCGUGGGAUCAAGGCGUGGUUAAUCGGCCUACUAAAUCGUACUCACAAAGUGAUAGAGAGGCGGAUGCAAAAAUGUCAGAGUGGGCAACAAGAACAAAUAUCUUUUUAAAUUCAAAAAACCAAGAAAAUUUAGAACCUAAAACUACAACACAAUAUCCAAGAACAAACUUUUAUCCAAAUGGUAUAUAUGUCAAUACAGGAAAUAUAAAAGGUCAUUAUAUUACAAAAGAAAUUGAUAAUAAUGAACGACGUGUGAUAAUCCAUGAUGUUCGGAAUCCUGUCCGCUGGAAUAAUACUUUCAGUAACACUGAUAGUAAUUAUGCGUCAUUUACAACGAAAGUGCCAAUGAUAACGACGACGGAGAGAAUUUCAAAUAGGCAAUCUGAGUUAUCAACAAAAGGAAGAAAUUUUGCAAAUACUAGGAAUAAUGUAGAAAGAGAAUUACGUAGCUUCGAUACCAGCAGCGAAUUGUAUAAACCUGAUGUUUUAUUUGAAGAAGAUGAUAAUUAUUGGAGCGACACGAAAAUAAGUAACGUACAUUCUGGUCCCCCGAGUGUUGUUGAACCCGAGAUAAAUGAUUACGACGUGGAUGUGUUAGAUGAUAAAAAUGUAUGGAAGCCCAGGCUAGUUUUCGAAAAUAAGACCGAAACCACGACGACUUCAUCGGUCAUUAUGAAAAUUAACCCGAAGAAUACUGAUGUUGAACUUUUUAAUAUCGAAGCGGCACCAUAUCAGGAAGCGGAACCUCCAUUUCCAGUUUAUUAUGUACAAUCAGUGCAGCCAUUAACUCAUUCGAAGAAAUUCGUUCGACCAACACCUAUAUCUGGUCAGGUGGUUCGUUUGAGAGGUGGUUCAGCACCUAAUGAUGGCUAUGUUGAAGUGCAAGGUAUGCUGCCUGGUUGGGGCAUCGUAUGCGAUUCCAGAAAUAGUUGGACAUUGAAAGAAGCUCAUAUUUUGUGUAGACAACUUGGCUAUAUCAGAGGCGCUGAAAUGGCUUGGCAAGGCAGAAAUAAUCGCAAUGGAGUGCCAACUUGGAUCGCUGCGAAUACUGUAACGUGUCUCGGCAAUGAGACCAAAUUUCAAUCAUGCAAAUUCACACACAAUCAAGAGUGCCGUGUGGACAGAGAUGCGAUUGGUGUACGAUGUGCUCCUAAUCGUAUAGCACACUGUCACAAGGAUGAGAUACCGCAUAACGGACACUGUUAUCACUUAGCUCAUCCUGACAGCGGACUCAAUCAAGCCGAAGCAUUGGAACACUGUACACGAAGAAAUGCGCGACUUGUUGAUAUUACUAGCCAGGCGGAAAAUAAUUUUGUGUCCGAAUUGCUAUUGCAAUCGUAUCCGGAAGUUAAUUCAAUCAUGACUUCCGGUUUUGGUUUUACCACAAUGAAUCGAACCUUGUGGCUGUGGGCGGAUUCCGCGCAUGCUAAAUUCAAAUUUACAAAGUGGUGGCCUGGAUGGAUGAAUGAUACGAAACAACCACCGUGGGUAGGCUAUCGUCCUUUUUGUAUCGUGAUGAAACGACAAUUUCCAUGUUAUGAACGGUCUGAGUCGACGUGUGAUACAGAUUAUUUUUUCUGGGACACUGAAGAUUGCGCAACUGAUUCGAAAGGGCAUUCCUUUAUUUGCAAAAGACCUUAUGACGAUAUUGGCUGCGUAUAUGGAAAAGGAAAUCAAUACAAUGGUAAAGCCAACGUAACGAUAUCAGGAAAUAAAUGUCUUUCAUGGGCCGAUGAAAGAAUUGCAUAUCAAUUAUAUAUGAAUGUCGUUGAUAAAGAAGUUCGAAACAAACUGAAAACGCAUAAUUACUGCAGAAAUCCUAAUCCAGGAAAAGAAUCGAGACCGUGGUGUUUUAUAGGACCUGGAAAAUAUGAAUAUUGCGAUAUUCCUGCCUGUGGAAAUAUUGAUCCAAAACGGUCAACGUUGACUGGCCAAUGCAAACCUAAACAUUUCGAAUGUAUGCCAGAAGAAUGUAUUCCAUCCCCAUGGGUUUGCGAUGGAGAAGAGGAUUGUACAAACGGGGCCGAUGAAAGAAAUUGCAUGUUGGAUCUUAAUCUCUUUAAAAAAUCAGUCAAACAUAAACUUGACGGCCACGAUAUGGAAAAAUGGUUGAACACACCGUUGAAAACUUGUGCUCUAAGAUGCAAGGAAGCCGAUUUUACUUGUCGCUCAUUUAAUCACAAAUCCGAUGGUAAUGUGUGUUUAUUGAGUAAUGCCAACAUUGGUUUGACUGGUGCACUUAAGCCUGACAAACACUUCGAUUAUUACGAACUGAGAGAGAGAAGCAUAGACUGUAGCGACAUGUAUAUCUGCAAUAAUCACAAGUGCAUAAAUCAAACACAAAUCUGCGAUGGCAGGAAUGAUUGCAAUGAUCACAGUGAUGAGACUAUCUGCACUGCCGAAAAUCUUGAUUAUGAUAUUCGUUUGGCUGGUGCAAAUAACACUUAUGAAGGUCGAAUAGAAGUAAAAAUUUUAGGACACUGGGGACAGGUAUGUGACGAUGGUUUUGGAAUGAUCAAUGCUGACGUCAUUUGUCGAGAGCUCGGUUUCGAUCUCGGAGCUUUGGAAGUUAAAGCGGGUGGAUUUUAUGGAAAUCUCGAUCCACCUACGAGAUUCAUGGUGGAUCAGUUGAAGUGUCGUGGAAACGAAACUACACUACGAGAAUGCGAUUUUAACGGAUGGGGAAUUCACAAUUGCCAACCGGAAGAAGCUGUCGGCAUCGUAUGUAAGACCGCGGUUAAUACCUGUCAGGAAGGUUAUUGGAAAUGCGAUAAUAGUCCAACUUGCAUACCGACCACGUUCAUUUGCGACGAGGUAGUCGAUUGUCCAGAUCGCUCCGAUGAGAGUCCGGAACAUUGCGAGGCUCCGUUUGAGUUGCGCUUGGCAAAUGGCAGCAGUCCUUUGCAAGGGAGGGUAGAAGUGCGUCAUCACGGUGUAUGGGGUACUGUAUGCGAUGAUGAUUUUACAAAUGCCACGGCAAUUGUUAUCUGUAGAUCUUUGGGAUAUGGUGGUAUUGCAAUCGCCAAGAAAGAUGGUUUCUUUGGACCAGGCCAAGGACCUAUUUGGCUUGACGAGGUUUUCUGUCAUGGAAAUGAAUCGCAAUUAUAUCGAUGCGAACAUAAUCACUGGGGCCAGCAUAAUUGCGAUCAUAAUGAGGACGCCGGUGUAAUUUGCUCACCAGGAAAUGUUAACAAUGCCGAGUCAUACUGGCUAAACAACCUGGAACUUCCAGAACCAAGUAUCGACGAGUUACUUCCGUCAAAUUGUGGUCAACGCGCCAAAGAUUUUAAUGACGACGAGGACUUGAUAUUUCAGAAAGUAGUGCAUGGCUCUAUUGCGCCAAAAGGCACCUAUCCUUGGCAGGCCAGCAUACGAGUCCGAGGACAUAGUCGGUCAAGUCAUUGGUGCGGUGCUGUCAUGAUAUCGCCUAUACAUUUACUAACAGCGGCACAUUGUCUAGAAGGUUACAACAAAGGCACCUAUUUCGUUCGUGCGGGAGAUUAUCACACGGAUAUAGACGAAGGAACGGAAGCGGAGGCCAACAUCGAGGAUUACUACGUGCACGAGGAAUUCCGCAAGGGUCACAGGAUGAACAAUGACAUCGCUCUGGUUCUACUUAAAGGUCAGGGUAUCCCUCUUGGCAAGCAUAUCAUGCCAAUUUGCUUGCCGUCCGAGAACACCGAUUAUUCGCCCGGACUCAAUUGCACGAUCAGCGGAUUUGGGAGCAUUGAAACGGGAAAGACGACACAAUCAAAGAACUUGCGGUACGGAUGGGUGCCUCUGUUGGACCAAUCAAUUUGCCGGGCCAGUUAUGUUUACGGCGAAGGUGCUAUAAGUGAGGGUAUGAUGUGUGCCGGAUACCUUGACGAGGGUAUUGAUACAUGCGACGGUGAUUCUGGAGGUCCUCUGGCUUGUUAUCAUAAUGGAGCUUUUACAUUAUAUGGAAUAACCAGUUGGGGUCAGCAUUGUGGCAAAGCAAACAAACCGGGAGUCUAUGUUCGCGUUGCGUAUUAUCGUCGAUGGAUCGAUCAAAAAAUUAAAGAAUCUCUAACAGCACAGGACUCGCCUGAAGGAAGGCAAUGACGCGUGGAUUCUUCUCGAAUGGACAGGCAACUUGCUUCCACGCGAUGAAUUCAGUUACCUGCUUCGCCAGCUGCCAGAAUUUCUCAAAGUUGAUAUGACCGUUCGGCAAUCUGAAAUGCAUAACUGAGCUUGAGCAGUGGGGAUUAAUUAGCUGUGAGAGAAAGCUCGUCGCGCGUUUAGGCACACAUUGUAUCUGACACAUUGUUGAUCGAUAAUCUCGAUCUCUACAAUAAUGUCAAAGUUGUGUUGACAUCUGUUUAUGAGAUGCAUAUAACCAUUCAGAUAUAUGUCAGAUAUGUCCGACCAGUUAUUUUAUUGCAAAAUUAUUAUGUGUUAUAUUAGGGGGUAACAAUAUUGUAUUACAAUUUCUGUAAUAAAUUGAAUGUAAAAUGGAA